CACUUUUUUUCAUUCUUUCAACUCACACAUUUUCUUUAUUACAUUCUUCUAACUUCUCAAACUCAAACUUGUCCUUCUCUUUCUCUUUCUCUGCAACUAAUUAACAUGAAUGACAACACUUCCUCGUGUUAUUUCCAUCCCAAAGAAGUGGUUAUAGGAGUAUGUGCUUUGUGCUUAAAUGAAAGGCUUCUAGUCUUGGCUUCUAAGCAAGAAAAGAAGAUUAAAACAUCAAAGACCAGAGAUCAAAACUACUACAGUUUCUUGAGUAGUGCAGAAAAGAAGAAUGACGAUCAUCAUCAAUCAAGAAUUCAUUAUCUGCCUAAGAUGUUUGCUUUGAGCUCUCUUCUCAGUCGCCUUGACAUUAGACAUGCCCGGAAAAUCGAAGAGAUUAUUCAUGAUGAUGCUUCUUCCACUUGCAGCUAUGAAGACUCUUUUAUAUCAAUAAAGUUUGAAAAUAAUGGAGUUGCCUCAUGGGAGAAGGGAGGAGCUGGCACAGUACCAAAGGUGUCACUUAAGCACUGUGACAAUAUAUCUAAUUGGAGCAGAAGCUCAAGCAAGGAGGGCAAAGUAGGAGCAGUAAUAGAGCAUGCAAAGCCACGUAUGCAGCUUAGGUGGCGAAAGCGGAUUGGACAUAUAUUCCAGCUCAUCAGAUUGAAGAGAUCAUCCACCACCAAAGGUGCUAGCCAUGUCAAUGUGGGCACCAAAUUAGAAGGAGUGAAGGUGAGACAUGGAUGGAUAAGAACUCUGACAAAGAGAAAGACCAAAGAAUGAUUCAUAAUUCAUAAGGUGGCAUAAAUUAAACCAAAGGGGCUUGUCCUUAUGAAAAUGUUUUUUUUUUUGUUCUUUCCCUUUUUACUUGUUUGGCAUAUCUUGUAUCCUAAAAUGUGUGACAACCCCAUGUUAUAGCCACUUCUUGAAUUGUCUACAAAAAAGGGAUCCUCAAAACAAUUCCCUCCUAGCUCCCAUAUGCAUAUAGCUCUUGCCAACCCAUGUUAUUGGCCCUUUUUGAAAGUGAAAAAUGGCAAAAAGUCCAAUCUAAAUACUUCACAAAAGGAAGAAAGAGGGAACAAGGGCCAUACCUCCUACGUAACUUGUCCUCUAGUUGUCUUGGUCAGAGACAUCUUCUCUCUUGUUUCCCUUCACUACAAUAUCAAUUGCAAUAAUUGACAUGAGCUUUUGCUUUUUUACUUGACAAGACAAUUCUUGUAAACUUUAUUUAAAUUUUUGCUUGUCCAAUUGGAACAAUGGCAUGCUAUUAACC